CUUCAACGCAAGGCGCGAAGACAACGUUAUCCAAUCGGUGGCUGCCCGGAGUGGCUUACACUGCAGCACUGUCUCGGGUGCACCAUCCCACUUCAGCCUCGCAUGGCAUGACCGGGUAAACGGGUCAAACCUUAACAAAGCCAUCUGGCAACAUCAAUUAGAGUCUUAGACUGUCUUAUUAUUUCCCGUACUUUUUUCUGGUCCAUCCUUGCGACACCUUUUUCAUACCAACGCUUACAGUCUGAAUCGGCCAUUGCCUUCUCAAAUCCGACGAUGGCCAGUUCGGAGCCGUCAGUCCGGCGCCGCAAGCCAGAGCCAAAGGCGCCGAGGGCGGGCUCAGCAGAAGAAGCCGAGCAAGUCGAAUCGGAAGAAGAGAAGCAGCGAGUUGAGCCAAAGAAGGCUGUCGAGAGGGUGACCGCGAAAGACCGGCUCGCCGACGAUGAUAGCUACACGCGCGGCACCCUCCUGCUCGACAUCGUCCGCGUGCUCACUUUCCUCUUCGUCGCCUCGUGCGGGCUGAGCUACCUAAUCUCUGGCGGCGAGACGUUUUUCUGGGGCAUGUCCAACCCGCCCAAAUACAUGAAGCUGGACUGGUGGAAGAAGCAAUUCCGACCCCCCCUCUACCUCACCCCGGAAGAACUGGCAGCCUACGACGGCACCGACCCUUCCAAACCAAUCUACCUCGCCAUCAACUGGACCAUUUACGACGUGUCAUCCAACCCACGAACCUACGGUCCCGGGGGGUCGUACCAUUAUUUCGCGGGGUGCGACGCGGCGCGGGCGUACGUGACGGGGUGUUUUGCCGAGGACCGGACGCCGGACAUGCGCGGGGUGGAGGAGAUGUUUUUGCCGCUCGACGACCCGGCCGUGGACCGGCACUGGAGCAAGGAGGAGCUGGCCGAGAUGCGGGCGCGGGAGCGGGCCGAGGCUGAGAAGAAGGUGCACGAAGGCCUGCAGCACUGGGUCAAUUUCUUUAAGAACAAUCCCAAAUACGACAAGGUGGGCUACGUCAAACGGCCCGAAGGAUGGCCCGGCACGGAGCCCAGGAGGAAAUUAUGCGAGGCCGCGGCGAAGGGGAGGAAGCCGAGGACCAUCCCCGGCAAAGAAGGAGGUACUUGA